AGGAGUAAAACACACUAUACAUUUGGGUGUCCUUCACAGUUGCUGGAUCGCCACAUCAUUGAGUCGCAUAGGCCACAAGCAAUAGCCCUAAUCAUAGGAAUAAGAACAAAUUUCACAUUUUGUGGGUGUGUUUUACCGGAUCGCCACAUCACUCGCUAUCAUCUCACUGGGUGUGGUCUAAAAGGAGUAGCUUAAUAGUUCCAAUUGUUCAUCACAAGAAGGUCUACAAGAAUGAUGCUGUGGACUGCUUCGUUGAUGUUGGCCUUGAUGCUUGGUGUGACAAAUGGAGACCAAGAUUUUGAUGUGCGUGUGACUGGUGGUGGCAAAACGGGCCGAGUCGAGGUGUACUACAACAACGUGUGGGGCGUCGUGUGCAAGGAGGGUUGGGACUUCUACGACGCCCUGGUCGUCUGUAGACAAUUGGGGUACGAGUGGGUUGCCUCAGGAUGGUCUGAUGUUCAAGCAUCAAUCGGUUCCGAGACGGCGUUGCUUAGUGGUGUGCAGUGUGAUGGGACGGAGACCAAUCUAGAUUUGUGCUCUGGCAACGGCUGGGCGGAAUACUCGUGUACAGCUGAUGCCCCUGCAACUGUUGCGUGUUAUGACUUGGCUGAAGUUGACGGUACGACCACGUCAACCUACCUACUCAAUGGUGGAAACAAGGCAGAGGGAAAGGUCUUGAUGAAAUUACAACCCGGGGUAACAGACGCAAAGCCCUACAUUUUAUGCGACGACAGCUGGGACAAGGAGAACGCUGAUGUGAUUUGCCGCCAAGCAGGAUAUCACUCCGCGGUCAUGGCAACGUCAUCGUCUUACUUCGGGGUACACGACCCGGAAGAUGAAGCCAACUUUGGAGGUGUGGAAUUUCUGGCCGACCGAAUCAACUGCGAGGGUAGCGAGAGGAACGUCGUGGUGUGCCCCGCUGAUGAUCUGCCGGACGGGGAGUGCGACACGGGGCACGAGGCUGGAGUCAGCUGUAACCGAAUCGAAGAGCCUGAAGAUUUCCAGCUUCGACUUGCCGAUGGCGGGUCGGCAAUAGAGGGGAGAGUCGAAGUCUUCAUUAACGGAGAAUGGGGAAGUAUCUGCAAGACCAACGCAAGCUCCGAUGUCAAACUGAGCUACGAGGAGACCAACGUCAUCUGCCAGCAGGCCGGGCAGGGAUACGGCGUGGAGUCCCCCACGGACAAUCGCUUCGGACUUAGCUCUCUCCAGCCGGUCAUGGUCGGUGAUUUCGACUGUUACGGAGGGGAACCUUCUUUUGCCCAGUGUUUCAUCAAUGCUACUGGGACGACACCGGAGGAGUGUAGUGGCAGUUCGGAUCGGUAUGAGGUCAGUGUCAUCUGCAGUGGUCUGGUAGAGGCUUCUCGUCAGCCCAUCAAGCAGGACGGAAACGUUUUGUUGAUCUACCAGGAUGGACGAUGGCGAACAGUGUGCAACAAGGAUUGGACCAUGGCCAACGCUGAAGUCGCAUGCAGGGAGCUUGGAAUGGGACCACCCGAUACAGCACAGAUUGAAAGUAACGAGACGAAAGGAGGCCCGAUUUUUGUCCAGACUUUGUCCUGUCAAGGAGAUGAAGAAACCUUGGACAGCUGCGAAAAAAGUGAACAGGGGGCCCUCUCGUGUUACCAUCGCAUGGACGUGGCGAUAGCAUGCACUCCUCUGCCACCGAUGACUACGCCGGUCGCUACGCCGGUCACUAAAGAAAACGGAGGACUUGCUGUCACAUCAGAUUCUGCUUCGCUCGUCUUUGCUAUUUUGACGGCUGCGUACGGCGUUUUCAACUAAGUAGCUCAGAUCAGGGUCGAAUUAGAGUUACGAUUGAUCUUAACUGCAAAUCGUCGUAGUUUCUUAAGUGAAGUUAAUCACUAGGGUAAUUUAUGUCUUGCGAUGAAUGUGAAAAAUCGAACCCUGCUCUACUUUGGAAUUAUCCAUGUAUGGUUUCACAAUCUAGUUUAAAGACACUGUACACUAUUGGUAAUGUAACCAAGUGGCAAGGAACACAAUAAUAAAGAACCGGUUUUGGAAAACUCCA